CCCUCUUUCAGCGAUAACAGCACAACAAACACACAGACAUCUCCUCUCCCUCUCACUCACGCACACGCCUGCACGCGCGUGAGCUCUCACACACAGAAAGCAUGGGUUCCCUAGGCCCAACCACCAUCAGUAGCAUGAGCAUGGCGAAGGCGGCCGGCGUUGGCACGAAGAACAGCGCGGUUGCUGCCACCGAUCAGCAGCAAGCUGCAGGCCAGAAGAACUGCAGCAGCUACGCCUUCCAGAUGCCACUGCACUACCCGCGGUACAAGAAGGCCGACUACGAGACCAUGCCGGAGUGGCGCGUCGACUGCCUGCUCCGCGAGUACGGCCUCCCCGUCGCCGGAGACCUCGACAGCAAGAGAAAGUUCGCCAUGGGCUCCUUCCUCUGGCCCGACCAGUACUGAAGCGCUGAAUUACCAAUCCGGGAUUGACAGGAGACCAAGAAAUUUUCAGUAGCAGGAGGCCGGAGCUUAGUUAUCCGCAGUGGUGCCUCUGGCGACCUGAAUUCUAGCUUCUAUCCCUGGCGAGAACACUCAUAUCAGAAAAGAAUUAUGCGCGGUGUUGCUGUCUUGCUGAUAUGCCAAGUAUAGUUCUUGUUCUACGCACCGGCAGCAAUCUAGCAUUCCUGUUCUGUUUUGCACAAUCAUCCGCUCAUGUAACCAGGAUCGUAUAUGCAUGCUGUGCUGCAAUUGAUACAUGUGUGCAUCUAUCGAUAAUUCAAUAUAUGAAUCAGUAAGAAUAUGGAUGGUGCCAGUUCUUAUUUGAGAA